AUGUCGGCAUACCCUGGUGGGAAAAGCGACGAAAAGCUCAUGGAGAUUCAUGUGGCUGGAUUGCAGGGCGAAGAGCUCGUGAUCCAAGUGCCGAAUAUUAUCACUGGCCGUGAGCUACGGCACAGGGUCUCCGCACGGCUACCAGCUCGAGCCGCUGCUGGAGUUGUUCUACAGAGAGGAUGUGAAGUGCUUCAGAUGGAGAGCCUUCAGGAGCAACUUGAUCAGGGAAGGAGCUCGGAGCCAUGGUCCUACUUGUACACUGCGACCUCCCUGAAAGACGCCUUGAACGCCCUCAAAGGUGAUUCAUUAGAUCCGGGAUAUGCCCUAGAAGGAGUCACCCAAGUGGAAGGAGUGAGUAGUGCAAAGCUACUCCAGGCACUUCCGGAGACGCUGCGAAGCCUGAGCUUUCGGAUGACCUUCAACGAGAGUUUGAGGGCGGAGACGUUUCCGCGUGACCUUGAGCGCAUGAGCUUUGGUCAUGCUUUCAACCAACCGUUGAUUGCAAUGGACUUGGCGAAGAAUUUGAGUAAGCUUCAAAGCUUGACCUUCGGGCAUAGCUUUAAUCAGAGUGUGGCGGACCUGUGUUGGCCGAGCAGUCUUCAAAGUCUCACGUCUUGGCUUGCUUUGACUAAGGCCACUUAG